CACACCACCAGCAACGCAGCCCGGCUCACAAACACCGCAGAACGAUCCGCCAAUUGCUCCGAAAAGGACAGACCGCAGCACGGAUCCGAGUGCGACGACUCGUCUACAGCAUCCAGACUCGACAGCGGGCUCUAGCGACAAGGACAGCAGCGGCCAUGGGCCGACAGAUACGACCCGCGGGGGUCCUCAAGGCCGUCGCCCAGGAACUCAGCCAGCCGAUGAUGCCGGGGCAUUUCGUCGCGCAGCCGCCCUGGUAUCAGGUCAUGACCUCGGUACCGCCUGCUGAGACACUGGUGCGGAACGUCACGCCGCGGCACCGCAUGCCCGACCCCAAAAGCACGCGGCCCAAGAAGCUCUACCGCCCGCAGCGCAUCGUCUACGUCGAGGACGCGCUUCGCACCGACUUCUACAAGGACCACCCGUGGGAGCUGGCCCGGCCGCGCAUCGUUCUCGAGCUGGACGGCAAGGACCACCAGCUCUGCGACUGGAGCAAGGGGCUGCGGCAGCCGGGUAUGCCCCUGUCGGGCGAGUGCGUCAUACAACGUCAGCUGUGGUUGAUGCAAAACGAAAAGAUGAGCAAGCGAAAAGCGUACGACGUCGUCCGGCGCGAGUUCUAUAGGCUGCGGCAGGCCGAGGAGAUUGAGAAGCGCGUGGCCAUCGAAGAGGCCCGCCACGUGGGCGCCUACUUUGGCAAAUCGAGGCUGGAUGUGGGCAUGCAGCUCGAGGAUCAGGAAUUCGAGAACUGGAAGAUCUGGGCCGGCAAAAUGACGGCCGAACGCGAGGCCAAGGCAAACGCGGAGGUUGCGACGUUCGAAAUGGAGGACGACGCCGAGACGGAGACGGAGACGGAGACGGCUUCGGAGGACGCAGAAAAAACAACCGAAGGGGAACCCGUAGCCGCAACAAAGGCAUGAGAAGCGCCGCUAGAGAGCGCCGGCCUGUAUAUAACCAUGUACAACCAAAAUGUAUCAAGAAACAAUCGCGCUUGUCAUGUCUCGGUCA